CACACACACUCGCGCAUCAAAACAGGCUGCAGAGGCGCACAAGGAGCGAGGAGACACGGAGGCAGGGAGCAGCUUUGCACCACUUUUAGUUGAAGUGUUUCAUUUUUUCUUACUUUAAGAUUCAUUUCGUGCUCCGCGGCACCAGCUGUUGCGCUGCACACAGUACAGCAAGAAUCAAAAGAAGCGUGUUAAUCUGAGGAGGAUUUAAGUGAAAGUCUGGAUUUAAUCGAGAAUUAAAGUGUUGGAGAAGACGCGCGGAGGACUGGGAUGAAUAACGCAACUCGGGGAUAUUUAUUUUGAUAAUGCCGAGGAGGCAGUUUCUGCUUCGGAUUUACAUCCAAAACAAGGCAAGUACUCAAACUGAUUUGAUCAUGACUGCGUGUAAGUAUCCUGACAGUGAACUGCAGUGGAUUUCUGUAGUCAACACCAGUGCUGUCGAGAGGUAUGAAUUUAAAUGUAACAUUAAAGAUGCAUGCUUAAGACCACUUCGAAGACGUGAUUUGAUAUCCGAGCUUCAUUUUCGUACUGUUGAAUUGUGUUGUGUUCACUUACCUCCGGGGAAUUGAUAUCAUGACUUCGAUUGGAGCAAUUGCUGUAGUAAGGUGACUAUUCUUUAUAACCAUGAUGACACUGUUGGGCUAGGUGAAAUGAUGAAGUCCUGACAGGGGUCAGUUGUAUUUUAUCCCUAUGUGGAUGAAUGAGUGGCUCAAUAAUGGUUGAGUCCGGGUUCAUUGAGGCUGCUGCAGGGCUCCGUGGAGAGCUGAAAGCUUCUGUGUGGCUCCAGAGAGACACUGGAGGAGCUGCAUAAGGUUUGGCAUCUCAUUAACUCAGCCACAUGUCUUAUUAAAGCUGCUAUUUCCUGUUGUGUGCAAUGCAGAGUAAACGAUCUCCUCUCCAACACCAGUGCUCUCCCUCUGUCUCUGCAUGCUUCUUUAAUUCUUUCACACUCUCCCUCUCUUUUUUUCUCAUGUCUGUUCAAUCUGAAGCCAAAGGAUGACAGCAGCCAGUCCUGUCUGCAGCCCCGCCUCCUCCCAUUCGUCCUACUCUUCACCUGCUUGCCUCCCAGCAUGCCACAGACACCUGAGAAAAGGCAAAGCCCUCCAGACCAAACUUCACCUGCGCUCUGGCCCCGGCGUGUGGCUCCUGCUGGGUGUAGCCGUGGUUUUGGUCGGGAUGGCAGUUGCAAUAGCGGGCUACGUUUCUGCAGCACCAAAGCCAGUGGGCGGCCGAGGCAGCACCCACGUUGAGAGGAUGAAACUGGCUGGUCCUGUGGUCAUGGGAGUGGGCUUGUUCAUUUUCAUCUGUGCUGCCACACUUCUCUAUGAGAACCGGGACCAGGAAGUCCUCCGGCAAGAGAUACCCGACGACCUGGAGGAUCUGAAGGGGGGAAACUGCUGGGAGGAUUUGCAGGAACGGCCCGGCUUCGGCUGCCAGGCGCAGUGGGAGUGUGGAGAUGGAGAGCAGGGGUGCUGGGCCACUCCAGCCCAUGCGUGCCCUCUCUUAGAACACAACUGCGGUCCUCCUCUUCCCCCUCCUCCAUUCGGCAGGAACCGAAAAAACAUCAGCAGUAGAGCAUCCCCACCGCCUGCUUCAGAUGCAGGAGGCAGAGAUAACGAACACAGGGAGGAUGAGGAGGGAAGAUCAACGCUGUUGGCGCGAGUUCUGCACCACCAGGAGCCUACUCCUCAACCUCCCUCCCCCUGCCUGUCCAUCUCCCACUCCUCCGUCAACUCAGAGUCCUGCAACUCCAGUGAAAUCAACUUUAACAUACGGACAGGCUCUCCUCUGCCGACUCAACACUGAACCUCCUACUGAUUUAACUCUCAUAAAAUAUGCAUGACGAGAUACGUUGGUUUCACAUGCAGGCAUUGAACUAAAGACUGUGUGUUCGUAUGAUUUAGUGCCUCUGAGUGGCGCAGUGGCUCUGAGUCACAUUAUGUGAGCGAUUUUUUUUUGUCCUACAUCUUUUACCGACUCACCCACGGUUGAGAGAUUGGAGCUAUGCUGUUUGAUGUCAACUAGACCCAUCUUGUUGUCUUUGAUCUCACCCCGGCCCAAAAUCCCCAAGGCCACUGCCUGCUUGACCAUAUUAGGACGUGAGGAGAAUAUCUGAAAAAGUUAGUUGGGUGCCAUGGCGGGAGAGGAACACACGUAGGCUACUCCCCCCUUUCUGUUUUACACAAACACAUCCUCUCUCGGUGCCUACAUUUCCUCACUGGCAAGGUUUGGUAAGAGGAUGAGCCAGAUUAGGUCUCCUUUGAGCCUUUAUGUAAUCUCACACAUACUGUAAUCUACUCUUUAUCAGAGCAAAUUGGGUCUCUGUAUAAACAAGAGGAGCACAAAAGGACACACUGCACUCACUCCACACCUACAGCCACUCUAUAAAUACCAGCUGGUGCUGUGUACGCACGCAAUGUGGACUAGAGGUUUUUUUUUUCUUCUUUUUGCUGUAAUUCAAAAAAAAAAAUUUUGGUAAAAUUUUGUGUCAGCUGCUCAGUUUUCUCCCUAUUCUCGAGUGUGACGAGACAAGAUCUUUGAGAAUUUGAAUCAGAUUGUGGGUAGAAAGAAAAGAGCAAUGGCUAGAGGGGAAGAAGAAAAAACAGCAAAAUCUGGUCGGUUAUGAGUUAUUCCUGACGCAGCGUAACUGAGAAAAGCGGCUCUGUGAAUCGUGUAACUGAAGCCUCACUCUCCCACCAUCCCGACCUUUCAUCUCCUCCUGUUCAUCAUCUGAUUCCUACGCUUUUAUUCAAAUACUCCAUCCUCCAUCAUCCCAAUCCUGCAGUCAGAAAAACAAAACAAAAACAAAAACAGUAAAAUAAUGUCAGUUCUAGUGAAUCCAGGCCGAGCAUGUUUGAACAGGCUGAGAGGUAACAGGGGUAGGAUUUUAAUUAUCACCAGCAUUUUCUCCUCCAGCUUCUAAUUACACAGGGGAUCAGUCUGAAGGCUUUUAUAGGUGCUUUAGGACUGCAGAGUAUUUCCUUGUUGUUUGGGCCCAUGCUGGGAUCCUGCCAUCCAGAUGACGACGAAGACUGGAGUGUACAGUAAUUUGCAGCCUCACAUUUUCACUCACUUAAUACAGCACCCAUCUUUCUCUCUCUUUCUCUCUCACACACACAGAGUCAGAAGAGGUGUGAUGUGUAGGUACGGUAUGCUGUUUUAGGUGCUGGAUGCAUCUCUCAGGAGCAGGGCUAAGUUUGGUAGAUGUGUCUGAAUCUUCCAACGAGGUUCAAGCAGCCUCCUUCGCACUUAAAGCUCAGAAACGCAGCUCUAACUCGACACACACUCACACACAUAACUCCCUCUCACUGUGAGAAGAGCCGCUGUGUUUACACAAGGGGAGAUGCUGAUUGGCAGAGCUGCAUCUAAACAUUUGUUUAAUCUCUUUGUUAGUCUGAGGAUUUAUAGUUAAUAAAAUAUAUUAACAUU